AUGCGUGUGACGGCAACGCCUCCAAAGUUUGAGGGUUCAAUGAAGCCAGUCACCGAGACGCAACCGUUUGAAUUGCCGGGAGAUCGAUUUCACGAUCAAGCCCGUGAGCGCUUAGAGCGAGCACGUCGUGAAGAGGAAAGACAGUGUCUGGAGUCAUCGGGCACUUUUCGUGCGAAACUUAUGCCGGUAUUUGAGCCUGAUAUCACCCACGUGAUUCCUAGCACGAGGCCUCUUACUCAGACUGAGUCUCCUAUGUUGGCAACAAAAAGUCGAGCUGUCGAACGAGCUGUUUUUGAAGCCGCUGAGAAAGAGCGUCGCGAACGCGAGCAAGCGUUUCGGAAACAGCGAGAGCAGCGGGAGCACCAGCUGGAGGAAGAGGAAAUCAAACGUUUGCGGCGGGAGGAGAUGAUUUUCCGCGCGCGCCCUGUACCGGAAGUAACUCAUUCUAGCUGA